GGCAUGCGCAUUGCACUUCCUAUAGCUUUUAAUGGAGAAACAUCUUUAAUGCCAGGGUUGAGAGGGCUAUAUUCUGACGACGAUUCAAUGCCAAGAUAUGCGCAACAACAGACUGUUAUAAUGGUGGAAUACUUGAAGUGAAAAUGAUGAUGUUCUGUAAUUCUGUAUAAUGAAGUCCGUGUGAGGGUUUGUCAGCUAAUCAAAAUUGGACCUAAGCAAUAACAGGAAUCAUGGUGACUAAGAAAAUCCGUACKGAGUACAUGAAGAAAUUYAAAGAGCCGAAAUGGGAGACGUUUUCCAAGUGUUACGAGGACUCAGUGAAGUACAGGUUGACUAGGCGGGUGAUGGAGCACGCUCACAAACCUCUGUGGUUCUGGGAGGGGUGGGAUACCUCGACCGGGUCAGACUCCAGCGCCAGUGGGCGGUCGACCCCCAAGGUGAGGAAUAAAGUCGCGCCUUUAGACAUCAAACUUCAGACAGCACCAGUGAAGUCAGAAUCAAGGGAGAGCCCGGAACCGAAGCCUCCUUCUGUGAAUGGGGAACCAGAAUUGGAGGCCAAGGAGUUUACCCUCUUGGAUGCACUACCACCCACAGAGUCUGUAAUAGAGAACGGGAGCCUAAACGAACCAGAUGAGGGGACAGUUAAYGGGUCAGUAGUACAAAAUGGUCCAGCGGCUGAAACGUCAACAGAUGAAGGACCAGCAGACAAGGCGUCAUCAGACGAGGAGCCGGUGAAAACUGAGCCUAAGCGUCGCCACCGCCAUCGUGUCCCUCACUCAGAACCAUGUCAAAGGGACUGUUCCUGUGACGACAUCAAGCCUGCGCCUGUCAGGAAGCCCUCCAGAGCAAAGAGCCAGCCCCCAGCCAUCACCACAGAGAAGGAGAACAGACAACCUUCGUCCCGGCUCGACUGGGCAGAGAGACAUGCGUCAUCUGCUAGGAGGUCUACAAAGGAGAGUCGCACAUCCGACGCAUGCGUCCAGACCAGACGGGAGUCGGAUAAACGCUGUUGGAAUGUGGACCGCAGGAGGGCACGCUCCGCCGACCUGGAGAAGAUACGGCGGUCGGAGUUGGCCGUGGUGGAUGACCGUUGGAUGACCGAGUACAUGCGCUGCUUCUCUGCCCGGUUGAGGUAGAGCACAAGGAUCAUGGGUAUUCCACCACCACCUGUCGACCAUUCUAUUUUUAACACCAUGUUUCCUUAUUGAGGAUUGGUUAACAGAACAAAGUUAUUGGAUUGGUUUAGACACCAAUUAGGGCCCUGAGGCCACGUAACCCGACUAGGAAGAACUCAGGGCCCUAAUCAUAAGGUAUGGUUGAUUUGUUAAGUUGAUCGCUGAGUUGGCGAUAUGCCACUUUUCUUCCACAAGGGAUGACACAAUCACAGUAGAAUAUUGCAAGAUAUGUAGUUAUGCUUCUAGAAAUUGGACUGGUUUGUACAUGUUUAUGCUGCUGACCACAGAGUAUGAUUUGUACUAUAUUAUUAGACAUUCCAAGCAUGAUGAUGGUCUUUACACUUCGCUUUAGUUUGGUGGCAUUUUUGACAUUCUGUGUUGCUUAUGUCAUUUCAGGCUAUAUCACAAAGGCAGCUGCAUAAAAUCCAAAAGUUAGAUCAGGGGUAUUCAACCGGGAGUACUGCAGGGGGUCCGCAAUAAUAUAUUUGUAACUUUAUUUCUCUAUUCCUAAUAUUGAUUAAGUUACACUCAUUAGAGCUAGUUACACUCAUUGGAGCUAAUUAUACUCAUUGGAGCUAAUUACACUCAUUGGAGCUAAUUACACUCACUGGAAUAUCUGACAUAGUGUAGGCUUUGACAAAGCACCCGCUGGUAAGCUGUCUUGUCUUGGACAUUCAUUUUUGUGAACACAUUCAUCCCCCAAAAUUUUGGAGUUACCUUUCUAGCUAAUAGGUUAUGUUAGAGUUUACACUUCCUCUUCCAAUUAUAAUGGGGGGAGGUC